AUGACACCUAAACGAAAGACAACCAGUUCGGAAUCUACGUCAACGACUAGCUCGGGUUCUUCCUCGAGUAGCUCAUCGAGUUCAGGCAGCGAAUCUAGCUCGUCGGAUUCCGAAAAUUCCAGUAGCUCCGCCAAUAGUCAGAAAGCAUCUGACACAGAGAGAGCUAAGAAGAAAGCGCCAUUUGCAGCCACUCGUCAUGUCAAAUCCAAAGAAGCAGUGGUUUUCUCAUUUGUGCCACCUAUGGAUAAUAAGAAUAAAGAUAGACAGCCGCAGAAAACCAGACCAGUUGUGUACUCUUCUGAAUCGGAAGAGUCACCUAGCAAAGCGAAAUCGCCACAGAAGAGAAAACCACCAGCUAAACCAAAAGCCACUGCUACUGUAGCACCAGUCGUUAAGAGAUCUCCCACGAAACCGGUGCCAACGCCAGCAGGACAGCACAAAGCUGCAGCUGUUUUAAAACCUGCCAAUAGCAAACCCAACAAAUUUGCUGGUUCCACAAAUGCCAACGGCAAAUCUCCUGAUAAAUCUGGGAAAUCGACAGAACCGGUCCAAAAGAAAUUAAAAAAGAAAAGUAUAUUCAGUCCAGAAAAUAGUAGCGAAAGCGACAGCGGUAUCUUGCCGAAAGUUAACGCAGUCAAACCAACGAGUGGCUCCACAAAAUGUACCAAGAAUUCUCCGGCUAAAGCAAAGUUAAAUGAUACCAAGCAAAAAACUGCGGCAACAAGUAGACUUGUUACAAAACCCGCGCAACCGCAGAAAUCGGACAGCUCUGCGAGCUCGAAGAGUUCCGGCGGCUCAGCAUCUUCGGGAAGUACAGACAGUAGCACUGAUUCGGAAUCGUCUGAAAGCAUCACCAGCUCUCAGCCGCAACCGAAAAAGAAGGAAACGCAGCCCAACAAUACGAAUCCUAUAGCGAGCGUGCCACCUAAAAGACCAUCGGCGGCAGUAGCUCCCGUAAAAUCGCAGAAAACAGUUGCUAAACGACAAGGAGCUAUAAAAAGCGAUGAUGACGGAGAUGCAUCUGCGAGUGAAAAAGAAGACGAAGGUACAUCGGCUGCGAAAAUAGUAGCGAAAGGUAAACGAAAGCUGCAAACACGCAAAGGAAGUAAAUUGCUUCAACUACAAACGAAGGCGGUUAGCGAUUCCGAAUCUGACACAGGUAUGGAAACGGUAGCGUGUAAGCGUAUCCUACAGAUUGCGCUAACUCGGUGUGAUCUGUCAAGAGUAGCCGAGAGCAAGAGGAGUACGAGCAAAUCGCCCGUUAAACGUGCCGGACCAUCCGCUGCCGCCAGACAAACCACUUCCGGAGCCGGCAGAUCAACGCAGAAUAGCAAUAUCGCUUCUAAUACUACUGGUAACAGAACAAAUCAAACUCCUUACAAUCGAACACGCACUGCGAAGGAGCGUGAAUGUCCAUUGGCUGCGUCCUGCGAUUCGCGAGGUCAUCUCUCUGGAAAGCUCGACUCGCACUUCACCCUAGAAGCAUGUCCGCUGUAUCACAAUACCACGCCGCAAGCUUGCAUAGAAUUUUAUAAGGAGAGAAAAAAGCGGGAAGACGAGCGCAAGAAGGCUGUAACGAAUCUGGCUAAGAAACCCAAGGGUGUUCAUCAAACUACUGAGCAGCGCAAUUAUCAGCUUAAAGUACGAGAGAUGAGGAACAAAUGGAAGGGUAAUACCGGUGACGGUAACGAAAGCGAUAGCGGCGGUGAACUACAGGGAAACGAGAAGGACAAGCAACCUCGACUGAACAAUCUCACGCCCGAUUAUGACUUGAAACUAUUUAUGGAAGCUCAGGCGAUAGCUAGCGAGAAAAUCGAGAAGGAAUUAAAGGAAUUGGAUUAUGAUGGCGAAGGUAGAAACGGCGGUGGCACGCGAGUCGUCGAAAUGGGGAAAUGGGAAAUGGAAGUUUGGUAUCAAAGCCCGUAUCCCGAGGAAUAUAGUCGUGCUCCAAAACUUUACCUUUGUGAAUAUUGCUUGAGAUACGCGAAGAGUCGUCAAGUACUGAGAAGGCACAGAGAGAAAUGUUUAUGGAGGCAUCCACCGGGACACGAAGUAUAUAGAAAAGACAAGAUAGGCGUGUGGGAAGUGGACGGUAAGCGGUAUAAGCAGUAUUGUCAGAAUCUCUGUUUGCUGGCCAAAUUCUUCCUGGAUCAUAAAACGUUGUACUACGAUGUUGAGCCGUUCCUCUUUUACGUCAUGACAAUCGGCGAUUCCGAAGGCUGCCAUACCGUCGGUUACUUCAGUAAAGAGAAGAACUCCUUCUUAAAUUACAACGUGUCCUGCAUCCUGACGCUACCGCCUUACCAGAGGCAGGGCUACGGCCGACUCCUCAUCGAUUUCAGUUACUUGCUGACGAGGGUCGAGAAGAAGAUCGGCUCGCCGGAGAAGCCGUUAUCGGAUCUCGGUCUGAUCUCGUACCGCAGCUACUGGAAGGACGUCCUGCUGCAGUACCUCUGCAAUUUCGGCGGCAAGGAAAUCUCCGUCAAAGAUAUCAGCAAGGAAAUGGCCAUCGACUCGUACGAUAUUGUCAGCACUUUGCAGGCCCUCGGUAUGAUGAAGUACUGGAAGGGCAAGCAUAUCAUUCUCAAGAAACAGGACGUGAUCGACGACUACAAGGACAGGGUGAAGAGACGGGGUCCCGUCUACAAAGAGAUCGAUCCGGAGUGUCUGAAAUGGAACCCCUUCCAGCCACCCAAGACGCCCUCCGCCUCGAACUGAGACCCGCCAGAAGCUUGGAAGUGCGCCACCUUCUCUCCCCCUUCGGUUCCCCUCUUCAGAGGCGCGACUUGGUCGAUCCUGCCGUCGUCCUCGUCCUCGUCCUCAUCGUCGGGAACGUACUCCCGCGACGUAGGGAAAGCACGUAAGCCGACACGGACAGAUUUCACGCCCAUAACACUCGGUAAGAGCCGUGAAAAUCCUUCUAGGGACUCCUUCAUUUCGAAGCACGCGAAGAAACGACGGUGAAUAUCGCAUUCUAUCGACGAUACCGUUAAAGCUCGCCGCAAGAGAGGGGGGGAAACUUGUCCGCAUUUUAAGAGUGUCGUUACCAAGGCGAAUUUGCAAGCACGAAUUCGUAAAAGAAAGAAGAAGAAGAAUGUCUGACGUAACAAUUAGCGAGAUUUCAAGGGCGUUGAAAAAUUUUUCUUCUAUAGGUGAAGAUGGGCAAAGACUAUGCGUUUUUAUGACCUCUGUUGUAGGACAUUUGUAAUUAAGUUUGAUAUCAUUUGAGAUUUUUGUUAAGGGGUUAGGCCUUGGGAUCGGAAAAUUAUGUGAUUUUUCAAGAAUUUUUUUUGCCGUUUUAAUAAGUGUUUAUUGAAAUUUACAAAACGCUAUCAAAAAGUACAAUUUUUUGAUGAAAAAAUAUUAAAAAAUGAAAGAACCGAACUCAAAUUUUACGUGCUUAUUUGUUAUUACAAUAAGCAGGACCCGAACGAAGGGUUUGGUAAAAUUUAGAUUUUUACAAAAAUGACAACAAUUUUACGAAAAAGUCAUUUUUUCGAGGUGAACUGAUUUUGGUUUUCUUGCAAUAAAUAAAAAAAUUUUAACCGAAAUAAAAAAUUCUUCGUCCAGGCCCUGCUUAUUGUAAUAACAAAUAAGUACGUAAAAUUUGAGUUCGAUCGGUGUAAUAGUUUUUAAGAAAUUUAAUCACCGCAAGAUGUAAAAAAACGGACGUUCUAGGAGAAGAGCCAUAUUUCCUUAAUUUUUAAAUAUUUUUUCAUAAAAAAAUUUGUACGUCAUUUCGAUUUGUACCUCAAAAUAUGUACUUUUUGAGAGUGUUUUGUAAAUUUCAAUAAAUACUUAUUAAAACGGCAAAAAGAAUUCUUGAAAAUUACGUAAUUUUCCCAAUCUCAAGUAGGCAUAACCCCUUAACACUUUUGCACUUGUGUAAAAACCUGAUCCAAUGAAUCUUUUAUUUAAGAAUUAUUAUCAAAAAAACUAUUUUAGUAAAACUUCAAAUACACGUGAAAUACUUUUUUAAUUAAUGUAAAGUUCGUGAAUCAUGUUCGACGAGACAUUCGCUCUCAAGCGGUUAAAUAUCGAAUAUCGCGUCAAUAUGUAAAUAUUGAAUUUACGGAUUGAAUUUACGCGCAUCGAUUUGUAUAAUAUAUUUAUUUCUAUAGUAGAACGAAAUGCGAAAAUACUAGUAUUUCCUGCGACAGUAAAAUUGCGAAUGGAUUGCGCCGGUUACAUCAUAAGGACAAAUUCCCUCAAGAGGCAUCUAUCCCUGAACCGGCGACAUUACACAGAAAAAAAUAAAGGGCAAAUCAAAACUUAUAUACGUAAACUAACGCGUUCAU